AUGAGGCUGAAAACGUCACUAUUUAAGGAGACAAAGCACAGAGAGCUUGUCAGCUGUGUUGGGUGGACCACUGCAGAUGAACUUUACUCAUGCAGUGAGGACCACCAGAUAAUUAAAUGGAACCUACUGUCUAACGAGGCUACAGUAGUAGUGAAGCUACAGGAUGACAUCUAUCCCAUUGACUUACACUGGUUUCCCAAGACCACUGGUGGGAAGAAACAGGCACUGGCAGAGAGCUUUGUCCUUACAAGCACAGAUGGGAAGUUCCAUUUGGCUACUAAAACAGGCCGCUUAGAGAAGAGUGUGGAGGCACAUCGUGGAGCUGUGCUAGCAGGACGCUGGAACUACGACGGCACCGCUCUCAUCACAGCUGGUGAGGAUGGACAGAUCAAGAUCUGGUCUAAAAGUGGGAUGCUGAGGUCCACCCUUGCGCAACAAGGAUCUCCAGUGUACUCAGUGGCCUGGGCUCCAGACUCUGACAGGAUUCUCUACACGUCUGGCAGGCAGCUUAUCAUCAAACCCCUGCAGCCCAGCUCCAAAGUGCUGCAGUGGAAAGCUCAUGACGGCAUCAUUCUGAAAGUGGACUGGAACUCAGUGAAUGACCUGAUACUGUCUGGUGGAGAGGACUGUAAAUAUAAGGUGUGGGACAGUUAUGGACGUCUCCUCUAUUCUUCUUCAUCUCACGACUACCCCAUCACCUCUGUGGCGUGGUCUCCUGACGGAGAACUGUUUGCUGUGGGCUCCUUCAACACACUGCGACUGUGUGACAAGACAGGGUGGUCGUACGCUCUGGAGAAGCCUAACACAGGCAGUGUGUUCAGUCUGGCCUGGUCUGCAGAUGGCACUCAGCUGGCAGGGGCCUGUGGGAACGGACAGGUCAUUUUCGCUCACAUAGUGGAGCAGCGCUGGGAGUGGAGAAACUUUGAGAUCACGUUAACCAAGAGACGCACCAUGCAGGUGAGGAACGUGCUGAACGACGCAGUGGACGUUCUGGAGUUCAGAGAUCGGGUCAUCAAAGCCUCUUUGGCCUACAGUCACCUGGUUGUGGCUACUUCUCUGCAGUGCUACGUAUACAGUGUGAAAAAUUGGAAUACCCCGCUUAUCUUUGAGCUCAAAGAAGGCACAGUGAGUCUGAUUCUCCAGGCUGAAAGACACUUCUUAUUGGUAGAUGGAGGUGGAAUUUACGUGUUCUCUUAUGAGGGACGUCUGGUGUCUUCUCCCAAAUUCCCCGGCAUGCGAACAGACAUCCUCAACUCUCAAACGGUCGCCUUAAGCAGCGAUACUUUAGCCGUCCGCGACAAAACCGACGAGAAAGUCAUUUACCUGUUUGACGCACAGACAGGGAAAGCCAUCGGCGACGGGAAGCCUCUGACUCAUAAGAUGGAGGUCAUGGAAAUUGCUCUGGACCAGUGCGGGCCGUCUAAUGACAGGAAGAUCGCCCUUAUCGAUAAGAACCGUGACCUCUACCUGACCUCCGUGCGUUGCCUUGGCCGCGAACACGGCCUCAACAAGAUUGGCACUAUGGUUCACACCAUGGCCUGGAAUGACUCAGCUAACAUCCUUUGCGGAAUCCAGGACUCCCAGUUCACGGUGUGGUAUUACCCCGGUGCGGUGUUUGUAGACAAGGACCUGUUACCCAAAACACUCUUCAACAAGGACGGCAGUGAGUUUAGCCACACGCCUCAGAUACUGAACUACGUGGGAACUCAGGUGACGGUGAGGAAGGCGGACGGCUCUCUGGUCUACAGCGCCGUCUCGCCCUACCCCGCCCUGCUGCACGACUACGCCAGCUCCGCCCGCUGGGAAGACGCGGUCCGCCUGUGCCGAUUUGCCAAGGACCAGACGCUCUGGGCGUGUCUGGCUGGCAUGGCGAUGGCCAGUAGGGAGCUGACAACAGCGGAGGUGGCCUAUGCUGCCAUUGGAGAGGUGGAUAAAGUGCAGUACAUAAACUCGAUAAAGGAGCAGCCGUCUAAGGAGUCAUCUGUGGCUCACAUCCUGCUCUUCAGUGGGCAUGUGCAGGAGGCAGAGGCCACACUGCUGCAGGCUGGUCUCAUUUACCAGGCCAUUCAGGUUCACAUCAACCUCUACAACUGGGACAGGGCUCUUGAGUUGGCAGUUAAGCACAAAACUCAUGUGGAUACAGUCCUUGCUUACAGACAGAAGUUUCUGCAGGACUUUGGCAAAAAGGAAACCAACAAAAGAUUCCUCCAAUACGCUGAAGGGGUGGAGGUGGACUGGGAGAAGAUCCAGGCUAAAAUUGAGAUGGAACUGACCAAGGAGAGAGAAGGAGCUGCCACCCAGUCUGUCCGGAGCAGCGUUCGCCGAUAAGAGCCCGUCGCCGCG